UUCGUCUGUGGGCAGUGCUUGAGAACUAGUCCUUGUCUUCCGUCCCGUCCUGGAAACCUAGGAACAGUGCCUCGUUGGAGCAACGUAACCACCACAUACAAGCUCUUGUUCAUCCCAAUAUCGAAUCCCAAGGCAGACUUUGGACGAAAGACACUCAUCCUAAUCGAACUUGUCCGUAAGAAGAAUCAUUCUAUUGUGGUUGUCGACAUGGCAAGUGAUCCACAGACAGUUCCCUUGGAUAACGCCUUCCUGGAAACCAUCACGUAUCAAGGUAGAGAAUACCAACGAUACGCAGUUGACAGUGGAGCAUACUUCGCGCCGAUAGACGAGGACGAAGUUGAACGCUUGCAAAUGAUGCAUGUCGUACUCUCCAUAGUAUUCGAAAAUCGCCUCCUUUUCCCACCCAUCAACAGACCCCGGCGAAUUCUUGAGUGCGGCUUCGGAGCCGGCGACUGGGCUAUCGACGUUGCACAACAACACCAGAACUGCGAGGUAGUAGCCAUCGAUAUCUGCCCGCACAUCUGGCCCGACGAAAGCCAGACGCCAACGAACCUGAAUCUGCAAGUCGAUGACCUGAACAGCAGAUUUACCUUUCCAUCGAACCACUUCGACCUUGUACAUAGCCAGAUGAUGGUAGGCGGUAUCCACUCAAAUCGAUGGCGAGAUUAUCUUCGAGACAUUCAUCGCGUACUUCGACCAGGCGGCUGGUGUCAAAUGGUGGAGAUAUACUUCAAUGCGCAGUCAGACAACGGAACGUUGACUCAAAAUCACGCCCUUCGUAGGUGGUCGAGACGAUACUUGGAUAGCAUGCAACCAUACAAGGAUCCCAGGGCGCCAAUGCAGAUGCAAAGUUGGAUGCAAAGCGCUGGAUUCGACUCGGUGGAAACCCAAAUGAUCCCUCUCCCGACUUGCGGCUGGUCGAAUGACCCGAGGCAGCACCAAAUCGGCGUGGCUAAUAGAGAAAAUGUGAGGAGGAUGCUUUCAUCUCUGGCGAUGUAUCCCAUGACAGAGUUUCGAGGGAUGACAUCCCAAGAGUUCCAAGUCUUGGUGGCUCAAGCAAGGAGCGAGGCCGAUAACCCGGCGUUCAGGGCGUAUUUUCCAAUGUACGUUUGUAUAGGACGAAAGCCUCGUCGUUGAGACGAGCAGAGAAGGCCAUAUAACGAUGUUGCUUUCCAGAGCGAUUGAUGUGUGGCGGCGUAGAGCGUUGUUUCCCAGCGAGGAUUUUGAUGGGCAUUUUGGACAAGGAUUACGAUAAUGACCAUGUGACGGCAGCAAAU